AUGCUUAGCUCAAACGUCUAUGGAACUUGCAGCAAUAUUAUCGACUGCGGUUGCUAUAGGGUCGCCGUGGUCACCGGAGGGAACAAGGGGAUCGGCUUCGAGGUGUGCCGGCAGCUGGCCAGCGGCGGCAUCACCGUCGUCUUGACGGCCCAGGAUGAGACGAGGGGCGGGGAGGCCGCGGAGAGGCUCAAAGCGCUGGGGCUCUCUGGUGUCGUCUUCCAUCGUCUGGAGAUCACGGACGCUUCGGGCGCCGCUACGCUAGCUGGUUUUCUCGAGGCCCGCUUUGGCAAGCUAGACAUUCUGGUGAAUAACGCCGCGGUUUGUGGGGUUGAGUGCGGCCAAGAGUUCGAUAUCAACGAGGAAAAGUUCGCUGGCCUGGAUUUCCACCAGAGAGUUGAGUGGAUGUUGAAGAAUGCCCGGGAGACCAUCGACAGCGCAAAGAACACCGUGCAGACCAACUACUACGGCACGAAGCAUGUUAUCGAAGCCCUGCUGCCUCUGCUUCAAGCUUCGUCCGAGGGAAGAAUAGUAAACGUCUCCUCCAAUUAUGGACUGCUAAGGCAUAUCGGCAACGAGGAGGUGAGGCAGGAGCUCAACGACGUCGACAACCUGACACAGGGGAGGCUGGACGAGCUGCUGGAGAAGUUCAUCAAGGACUUCGAGGCCGGCGCGUUGGAGAUGCACGGGUGGCCCACGAAGUUCUCGGCGUACAAGGUGGCCAAGGCCGCCAUGAACGCCUACACGAGGAUCCUGGCGAGGAGGCACCCUGAGCUGCGCGUCAACUGCGCGCACCCAGGCUUCGUCAAGACCGACAUGAGCAUGGGGUUCGGGGUCCUGACGCCGGAGGAGGGCGCACGCAACUUGGCCAAGGUGACGCUGCUGCCUGGCGGCGGGCCGACCGGCGCCUACUUCGCCCAGGGCGAGGAGGCGCCGUUCGUGUGA